ACAUGGUGGCGUUAAAACGCGCAUUGCGAUUGGCCGAUUUCCCUUGUAACCGUUCGCAACACCGCGCGCAAAGCGAGGCUACCUCGCACAGAUCACCCGUUUCAAGAUUCAGGGUCAAAUUUUUAGUAAUUUUCAGGGAUUUCAUUAGAUUUUCUUACCGAUUUUGGGCAAUGGAGUGCUCACAUCUGAACCAAUCGGUAAAAGUUGGACCACAACUUCUGCAAAAGAUCCGAGCAGAGAAAAGUUCCCAGUGGAAAUGUAGCGUUUGUCGUUCUUUUAAAAGCCCAUGGAUUUGCUUGCGAUGUGGUAUAGUCCACUGCGGAAGGUACGUCAACGCUCAUGCAAAGUCACACUGCGAGAAGUAUCCUCAGCAUUCUGUUUGUUUGGAUCAAAGUCUCGCUGCGUUUUGCUAUUCCUGCGACGAGUUUAUUAUAAACGAUACGAAAGGAGGCGACGUGCAGAGAGUACGCGAAAUCAUUCUCGAAAGACAAAAUAGUCCCAGAAAGCGAAAAACAGAAGACGAGUGCAUCCACCACACCAGGGCCAAACGGAAAUCAGGACAAGACCAAGAAAAUAUAGGUCGAAUAAAGCAACUUCCUGGACUUAGAAACUUGGGCAAUACUUGCUUUAUGAAUGCUGUCUUACAAUCUCUCAGCAACAUUCAGACCUUCAGCUGCUAUUUCAAAGACCUGCCUGCAUUUGAACUUAGAACAGAUACCUCCUGUGAAAAAAAUCCUUAUUUCACACGAAGCAGAAAGUCUGAUGAUGGGUGUCUAGUGGAAGAGCUUCGCAAGGUGUUGUGUGCAUUGUGGCAGGGUAACUGUGUCAGUCAUUCUCCUGAAGCUCUGUUCUCGACUGUAUGGAAAGUCGUACCUAGAUUUAGGGGUUACCAACAGCAAGAUGCCCAUGAGUUUAUGCAUUACUUAAUGGACAGACUUCACACUGAGCUUUUGCUGUCUCAGAAAGCUUGCUUUGGUCAAGACACCAUCGUCACGGGGAUAUUUGGUGGAAUUUUACAGAGUGAGGUAACAUGUUUGACUUGUAUGACAGAAUCUCGGAAGCUUGAUCCCUUUUUAGAUCUAUCACUUGAGAUUCCCCCAGAAUUCCAGACGAGGAAAGCUAAAUCCAGAGAAAACCCCUUCUGUCAGUUAGAAGAUUGUAUGAAGCAUUUCGUAGCACUAGAAAAGCUAGCAGAAUCAGAAUUGUACAUGUGUCUCAAGUGUAAAAAGAAAGAGCAGUCAACCAAGAAGUUCUGGAUACAGCGGCUUCCAAAUGUUUUGUGUCUGCACCUGAAGCGAUUCCGUUUCCAGGCUUUCUUGAGAUCUAAAAUAGACACAUAUGUCCAGUUUCCUAUCCGAGGAUUGGACAUGUCUCCAUACACCUUAAAAGGCCAGGAGAAGGGUGAGACGAAACCUGUGCUGUACGACCUUGCAGCGGUAGUUGUUCACCAUGGCAGUGGAGUAAGUGCAGGACACUAUACAACAUUUGCAUUCCAUGAUGGGGCUUGGUAUAACUUUAAUGACAGCUCAGUAUCAAGGAUAGACGAGGAGAUGGUUGCUAAGUGCAAAGGCUACAUCUUUUUCUACACUCGAAGACACCCGGAUCUUUCUAUAAUCGAAAAAUUACGAACUUGAACUACUAUGUAUAUACACUUAGGUUGCAAUUUAACUUUUUAAAUUGAUGCGGGAGAGGGCAGGACCUGACAUACAAAGUGCUGUGGAACCUUGAUGAAGAUAUCAAGUUAGAAACAUGUGUAGAAACAUUAAAAAGUCCGUUAAUCUGACAUUUAAAAUAAUAUGCAAUGGGUGGAACCUUCCCAUCGUGCAUUUGGGGGCAUCCCUCUUGUUAGGACAACCUCCUUUCCAUCAUGCAUUGCUUUAAUUAGCAGAAACCUAUGUGGACCUAUUUACACUAGCGAAGGAAGCGAAAAUGGAGAAGAGACUUUUCUCCGCGCUGAUUUGCACACACGUUUGAUGUUUCCGUUCCCUUUGCUAGUGAAAUACCAGCGGCUCAAGUCGUAGGUUUCUGUUACAGUCAAUCAAUAUUUGUCUUUUAUCUUGUUGACAUAUGUGGGCGCGAGCAAUGCAUCGUUGGUCUUGAAAGUGUCCCUUGAAACUUGUUAGGUGUUGUUGCUACAAUCGCUGUGCUAGAUAUUCUUUCAGCUCACUCCCCUUGAUUUCUUUCAAACCCCUAUUAAUGAGAUUUGUGAGGGAAAUUCGUGUAAAAUAUAAGAGAAGUUUUCCAUUGUUUACUUGUCCUAUUCCCCAGACACAUUGUAAGAUACCGUCGUUUGUUAUACUAAUAUUGUAAAGUGUACAUAGGUUGCAGAGAAGUUAAAAUAUCAUUUGUAUUAAGACAGAAA